UGCGUCCAGUGCAUGUACGGUGACGCGCGUUUGAAUUCUCCCUCCGCGGAGCGCGCGCUGGCUGGCAUUCAGCCUCCGCCUCAUGACGCGUGUUUCACUAUCCCGUGAUCUCGCUGGAUGAGAGCGGAGGCUCGGCUGUGCCCUGCCCGCUGUCAGACGCUCCGCGCCCGGGGAGAGAUGAGCGCAGAACCCGAGGAGAGACGCGCCGCAGCAUGUCCGUAUAACAUGUCUGUGAAAGCAGAUUCAGAAUCGAAGUCGAGUCUGUGACGUUUAUCUCGCCGGGCUCAUACAGACGGCAUUCGGCGGCACUCAACCUCAGGACGCCGCCCGACGCCGCCCGACAGCACCAGCGUUUAGUCGUAGAGGAGCUGCGUCUGACAGAAGUCAUUCACACUGAAGAUGAUGGAGGUUAAAAUCACACUGCUGGACGGCACAGACUACACCUGCACUGUAGAGAAAAGAGCGAAAGGACAGGCGCUGUAUGAUAAAGUUUGCGAUCACCUCAAUCUUCUGGAGAAAGAUUACUUCGGCAUCACGUACCGGGAUGCUGAAAACCAAAAGAACUGGCUGGACGCUUCCAAAGAGCUGAAGAAACAGAUCGGAACUGGUUCCUGGAACUUUGCCUUCAAUGUGAAGUUCUACCCUCCAGAUCCCGCACAGCUCUCUGAAGACAUCACCAGGUAUUACCUGUGUCUGCAGCUGCGAGAUGAUGUGGUGUCCGGCCGUUUACCGUGUUCAUUCGCCACACACUCGCUGUUGGGCUCUUAUACGGUUCAGUCUGAGGUGGGGGAUUAUGACGCUGACCUGCAGGGACCCGGAUACGUCAGCGAGGUGCGUUUGGCCCCCCAUCAGACCAAAGACUUGGAGGAGAAAGUCAUGGAGCUUCACCGCAGCUGCAAAGGAAUGAUUCCUGCUGAAGCUGAGAUGUUGUUCCUGGAAAACGCAAAAAAACUCUCCAUGUACGGAGUCGACCUGCAUCAUGCAAAGGAUUCUGAGAGUGUGGAUAUCAUGCUGGGCAUUUGUUCCAGCGGCCUCCUCGUCUACAGAGAUAAACUGCGCAUCAAUCGCUUCGCCUGGCCCAAAAUCCUCAAGAUCUCCUACAAGAGGAACAACUUCUACAUCAAAGUCCGACCUGGAGAGUUGGAACAGAUCGACAACACAAUCGGAUUUAAACUACCGAAUCACAAAGCGGCGAAGAGACUCUGGAAAGUUUGUGUAGAGCAUCACGCCUUCUUCAGGCUGGUGUCCCCCGAAGCUCCUCCCAAACGCUUCCUGUCACUGGGGUCAAAGUUCCGUUACAGCGGCCGAACACAAGCACAGACUCGUCGGGCGAGCGCUCAGAUCGCACGUCCCGCCCCUCAGUUCCAGCGCACGAGCAGCAGACGACACACCGUCGCUGUCGGCAUGGACACCACUCUAGCGGGUAACCAUGACAACGUGAAGAACUCCAAGCCUGUCGUUGCUACGGAUGACCUCAUCGCCACAGAAACUCCAGAGAAGAAAGUAGAGGAGGUGAACUCUGUGGAGGAGGAGACUACAUCUGACGAAACCGAACAAGCCCCGCCCACUUCGGUCACCAAGUUGUGUCCGUACUCAUCAGGUCCGCUAGGUUCCGAGCUCUCCCUCCCCUCCUCGCCUGUUUCCUUGACGAAAGUCCGCAGGAGACGCCGCGAGAGCAGCCGCAAGCGCGCCGCCUCCGUCAGUCCCGCCAAAACCACGGCAGGUUGCCGGCGGCGACAGGCCCAAGCGGACCGUAAAGCCGCCCUGCUGGAAGAACAGGCGCUCCUGCUGUCCGCUCGUAAACAGAGGCUGGACCAGAACCGGACCAGAGGAGGAACGCUCUUCUCGUUUUCCCUACACCUUCCCGACCUCUCGGCGCUCCUGGAUGACGACGGCUACCUGACCUUCCCUGACCUCGCGGAGCUGCGCUUCCUGCCCGAGAGCCUGCAGCACUUCAUGCCCAUCAAGUCUCCGUCUCUCAUUCCCUGUUUCCUCUUCAUCUUCUUCUUCCUCCUGUCCACGUCUUUCUCCGUUCCGUACGCUCUCACGCUGUCAUUCCCGCUGGCUCUGUGUCUGUGCUAUCUGGAGCCGAAGGCGGCGGCGCUCGGGUCGUCUCUGACGCAGAGUUUCCGGGACAGUUCAGACGAUGAGACAGACAGCGAUCAAACGGACUUUCCUUGUGAUGACAACACUUCUGCGACUGAGUCCGACUCUGAGGACGACUCUGACACAAGGAUGCAGAUGUCUUCUGAGGUUAAAACGGACAUUGAAGAUGUUUCGGAACAGUCGGAUCAUGUGACUGAUGCCGUUGAGUCAGAGGAGCCGGCAUUGGAUGAGAAGGUUGAAGACGUUUCUUUAGUUCACACCGAGACCAAGACCAUCACAUACGAGUCAUCGGAGGUCGAUGCCAAUGAUGACUCCGAUCCAGGGGUUUUAAUGAGCGCUCAGACCAUCACAUCAGAGAACAACAGUACAACAACCACCACACAUAUCACAAAGAUGGUGAAGGACGGAAUUUCAGAGACACGGAUUGAAAAGCGGAUUGUAAUCACAGGAGACGCAGACAUCGACCAUGACCAGGCUCUGGCUCAGGCCAUUAAAGAAGCCAAAGCGCAGCACCCAGACAUGUCCGUCACUAAAGUAGUGGUACAUAAAGAGACGGAGAUGCCACCUGCUGCAGGUGACGUGCCAAUCACACAGUGUGCAAAACCGCUGAAUGUCAAACCAUACUUUCCCUACAACUAGUCCAGGUGCAUUCCUAAUUAUCUCCAGGAAUAAAGUCCAAACUUCCCCCUGGUGGUCAUCGGCUGAGAGGACUAACCCACGACCGGUUACCUCAGAUUUCACUCCGACGCAUCAUCAGCUCCGCCCAGACGCCAGCGAAGACUUUCAACCCAGAAAUGCAACUUGCACUCUUCUCCAAAACCUAUAAAAGGGGAAAGUAACGAAAGUAAUGCAACUUCAGUUUAUUUCUAGUCCAACACUCUGAAGCGGAAGAGCUCGAUACAUUGAAACAUUUUGAUUUGACACGAACGUUCCAAAAUGUUGCAAUUUUGUAUCCAGUUGUACUUCAAUCCUAAAAGUGUUUUUAUCACAACGGUUGUUUCACAGUUGUUGUUGUUGUUUUUCUUACACCAGAUGAAUAUACGUUAUUACGUAUGAAUAAAUGAAAACAUUUGAUGAUGCCGGAAUAUUAAGAGCUGCUUUUGGUAACUUUUAAACCCAUAAAGGUUUAUUUUUUACUGUGUUUAGUCACAGAAUGGAUCAGAACCGCAGCGCUCGUGCUUUGGUUCAACGCUGAACUUUAGGAUGAAGUGUUUGCUGUGGAAAUCUCUAGAUUGUUUCCCUACAGGUGAAAGGUCAGUGGGGUAGUGUGUAACGAGCAGGCCUUGAACCCGGUGCUGUUCAACCCACUGCACCACCCCUAACACACCGCACCUCUGCAGACGAAAGCCAAACAAACCAACGACGAGUGCAAGUGAUGUGAUUCAAUUCAGUUUUAUUUUGGAGUAAUAUGCUGAAAUCAGUUCGCUUUGAGUUUUUGGUCAUUUGAAAUAUCAAAGCUGAAGUGUUUACAAGUGCAACAAACACGAUUAACACUUGAGGUCAAAACGUGAAGGGAUGCGUGCACGUCAACUCUUAAAUACAGGGGCUUUGCCAAACAUGCGUCGGGUCUUUAGCGAAUCGGCACUUUUAUUGAUCACAAAUGAAUCUGCAAAAUGCCCAAAUAAUGAAACGUUUUCAAAACAUUUUGAAAACUAUUAGAAAUGAAGUGAUUUUGAUAGAAAUUUGCAAGGAAAUUGACAUGAUGGAGUAGGACGGGACUCAUUUGUCUUGUUAUAACAAAGAAAUCAAUAUCCUGUGAUCAUAAACUUUAUGAAAUAAUCAUAAAAAUAAUAUUAAUAGAAGUGAGAAUAUAUUACACUAUUACAUAUCUCGGGUCAGACCCUUUACACUUCUAGAAAUGUAACAAUUAGAAAUUAUUAUUAUUAUUUUCUAAUAAUAUUAUAAUUUUUUUUUUUUUUACAGUAUUGGCUUGCUUUUUAUUAUUUUUUUA